UUUGACCCUGGAGCCAGGGUUUGUUCUCUGCCUUUUUUCCCAACACACACGCGUGAGGUUGACUUCGACGACCAGCCACCAACCCUCUCCCCACCACACACACGAGACGCAAAGAUGGUGCAACAGCAGCGCUUCCUCAAGGAGAAGAAGGUCGUGCUCAUCCUGAGCGGCCGCUACGCUGGCAAGAAGGCAGCUAUUGUCAGCCACUCUGAUGAGGGUGACAAGAAGCACAAGUUCGGCCACUGCCUCGUGGUUGGCCUUGAGAAGCCUCCUCGCAAGAUCACAAAGGACAUGGGUGUGAAGAAGCGCGCCAAGCGCAGCCGCAUGGUGCCUUUUGUCAAGGUCAUCAACACCAACCACAUCAUGCCCACCCGCUACUCCCUCAACCUCAAGUUCAACAAGGACGUUGUCAGCAAGGAAGCCCUCAAGAACCCCGUGAAGAAGGCCGCUGCACGCAAGGAGGUGAAGAAGCAGCUGUCCCGACACUUCAAGAAGGGCGAGAACACAUGGUUCUUCUCCAAGCUCCGCUUCUAAGCACCUGGCUGGGGUGGAAAAGUCCUUUAUGCGCCGUGUUGUUUCUCGUCUCCCUCGCUUCCUUUCAUCUUGCCUUUGUCUGAGUGUGGUUGAAUGAAAGGGACCCGGUACCUCCAACGCGCAACUCACAUCAAGCAAAGCAAACACACAGCAACAAGUGGUGCGUGGGG